AUGUCAUUAACAAACGUUUACCAUGUGCGUCGGGUCGCAGAUACCUCUGCAAAAGCAUGUUUGAUUUGCUACAAACCAUCAACCAGUGUGAUGAUCACACCGGAUAACAAGGACUUCUUCUACGUGUGCCCCGCACAUUUGCAAGACAAGCAUUUCUGCUCUCCAAUCAUCGACACAGAGGGCCAAGCACAACGUCUCAAAGAAGAGACAUUGGCCAAAGAGAUUGAAAAGAUAAAAAAAGAAUAUGAAGAAAAACAACGACGGAAGAAAGAGCGCGAGAAGGCGUCUAGCAAGGACAAUAAAGAGGAGAAAGAUAAGGGCAAAGAUGAGUCCAAAGACAAAGAUAAGGAUGCACCCGAGUCAAACGUCAACGAUGAAAAAGACAGAGAUGAUAAGAUCGCCUCUAUCCAGAAAGCCUCUGGGACAGAGACAAAGUCAGAUGAUUCACCCCGAGUUUUCUCUUUGCACAAAAAUUUCUACCAGAUGCGCAUUGACCGGCUACGCAACAUUGAAAUGGCGAAACGCCACCAGGAAAGAUUGAGGCAGCCUUCACUGUUUCCCUCUGUGCCGUCGGGAAAUCCUUAG